CUGCACUUUCUGAUCGCAACUGAUGUGUCAGAGCGAGCCGAGAGUCUCAUGCAGCCGUUUUUGAGUAGAUGAACCAGUACAGAAGCAAAUACAAUCUAAUAUGAAUUUGUAUUUAAAAGUCUGAUAUCCCAAUGUUUCUUGACAAAUACAGGAGCUUUUACAGUCAGACUACAUACCUACAAGUCAGUCAUGGAGACCAGUACCGUCCUGAGACACUUCCAGAUCAAACCUUAUCCAGCUCAACAGGCCGUAACAAGGAAUUUACCCAUUGACACCCGAAGCUGGAUCACAAAUGAUUUGCGUAAACAUUCCUGUCUACAUCUACUCCGGUGGUGAAACAAUAGCGGACUGAUGACAGCUCACUCAGGGCGGAUCUUAGCCAGUAACACCACAGCCACCACGGAGCACCCCACAGUCGGUAUGGCUUCCAGUAUUGAAUCAGUGGACACCAUUAUACUGGGAGUGUCUGUAAUAGCAGUUGUUGUGAUAAUACUGCUAAUUAUAACCAUGGUUCUCCGCUUCAUGGCCCAUCAGAAAGGUACAUAUUACACCCAUGAGGAGGCUUUAGCAUUUAAGAGUGACCCUGAGGUGCAGGAGGUCACCGAAGAUCCAGAAGAUCGGGAAGCUUCAGAAGCUCCAGAAGAUCCGGAAGAUCGGGAAGCUUCAGAAGCUCCAGAAAAUCCAGAAGAUCCGGAAGCUUCAGAAGCUCCAGAAAAUCCAGAAGAUCCGGAAGCUUCAGAAGCUCCAGAAGAUCUGGAAGCUUCAGAAGCUCCAGAAAAUCCAGAAGCUUCAGAAGAUCCGGAAGCUUCAGAAGAUCCGGAAGAUUCAGAAAAUCCGGAAGCUUCAGAAGCUCCAGAAGAUCUGAAAAAUCCAGAAGAUCCGGAAGAUCCUGAAAAUAAGCAAGACACGGAAGACCCGGAAGAUCCGGAAGACCUGGAAGAUCCAGAAGAAGAGGAGCCUUAGUAUCUUCUGGCGGGAAGCCUUUUGGGACGUUUCCUGUGUGAAAUGUAUCACUGUGCGCGACAGAAGGAUCUGUCUUGGUUCUUCUUCCUUUUUGCUCUCCAAUUACAUAUGCCUUUUCCAACAGAUGUCCUAUUCGGACGGCUUCACACUCAACCACUACUAAAAUAAAACAGAUUUCCAUGUGGAGAA